CAUAGAGAGGAAUUUUCUCUUUAAAACUUUGAAAAAACAAACCAAAGACUAAACACAAAUUCCUUCUGUUUUAAAGCUUAUACGCAACACGCCCCCGUAAAAAGAGAGAGAGAGAGAGAGAGAGAGAGAGAGAAUGCCAGGCGAUAGGAAGAUAGGUGUAGCCAUGGACUUCUCGGCGAGCAGCAAGAAGGCUCUCAAAUGGGCUAUCGAUAACCUGGCAGAUAAAGGGGACACUCUUUUUAUCAUCCAUGUCAAUCCCAACUCCCUUGACGAGUCUCGUAAUCAACUCUGGGCCAAGUCUGGUUCUCCUCUCAUUCCUCUGGCUCAGUUCAGAGAGCCUGAGAUUAUGAAAAGUUACGAUGUGCAGAUCGAUAUAGAAGUUCUUGAUAUGCUCGACACUAUUUCAAGACAGAAAGAUGUGAAGGUUAUUACAAAACUGUACUGGGGAGGAGACGCGAGAGAGAAGCUCCUUGAUGCAAUCGAAGAUCUGAAGCUGGACUCUCUGGUCAUGGGAAGCAGAGGACUUGGCACUGUCCGAAGGAUACUUCUGGGAAGUGUGAGCACAUAUGUGAUGACCCAUGCUUCUUGCCCAGUGACCAUUGUGAAGGAUAAUUGAUGAAUGGCCAUGUUAAUUCUGUGUUGGGCUCUGUGCUGUUUGGUUGAUGAUGGCGAUGGAUGAUCAUGGCUUUGUGUUUUUUUGUUUAAUUGCUUGUUUUAUAUAUUUUGAACUAUUUAAAAGUAAGGUAUUUGGCAGCGGCCGCGGCGGUCCGGUUUUCAUUUAAUAAAAAUUCAGUCAGGUUUCAUGUUUU